AAUAAUCAGCCAGUGCUCAGCACAGGGCUAAUUCCACCAGACAGCAGCUAUAAAACACCGCGGUCUGAGGGCUCAGCAAGACAUUCCCCUGCAGAACCGGAAAGGUGCUGACACAAGACCAUCAUGAAGCUUGUAGCUGUCACUCUCGCUCUCCUGUUCAUCACAGGCAGUCAUGCCCGGUUCCUGUGGCAGGCGGACGAGCCCCCCAGCCAGCUUGAGGAUUUGAGAGCCUCUCUGAUGACCUACGUCAGCCAGGUGCGGGAACUAGCCAAGAGCACCAUCGACCAGGUCGAGAGCACCGAGCUGGGAAAGCAGUAUGGCGUAAGGGUCUCUGAGAGCCUGGCGCAGCUCAGUCAAUACGUGCAGAAAGGGGCGAAGGAAUUGGCCCCCUAUUCCGACGAGGUCACCGUCCAGAUUCUGCAGCAAACGGAGCAGCUCCGCGCACAGCUGAAGGCAGACCUGGAGGACGUGAGAGCAAAGGUGGCCCCCUACUCCAAGGAGGUGCGUGAGAAGAUUCAGAAGCACGUGGAAGAGUACAAGGCCAUGCUCGCCCCGCUGGCUCUGGAGCAGCUGGAGAAAGCCAAGCAGAACGUCCAGGAGCUGAGAGAGAAGCUGCAGCCCCACGCCGAGGUCCUGCGCGAGAAGGUGAAGACCAACGUGGAGGAGCUGCGCGUGCAUCUGGCCCCGCUGACAAAGGAGCUGAAGGAGAAGGUCGACCUGCGACUCGAGAACUUCCGCAAGCAAGUAGCCCCCUACACAGAAGAGUACCGCGGGAAACUGAGCCAGGCCUUGGAGGAGGUCAAGCAGAGUAUCGUCCCCCUCACCCAGGGGCUGCGCGAGAAGGUGGAGCCCUACACCGCGGAGCUCAGCACCAAACUCCUGUCCCUCUGGGAGACCGUGCUGCAAAAAGUCAAAGCCUAGACAGCCGCACACACACACUCUGAGUCACACUCACACACAGAGAUGCUGACACACACUCACACACAGAGAUGCUGACACACACUCACACACAGAGAUGCUGACACACACACACACACACACACUCUGAGUCACACUCACACACAGAGAUGCUGACACACACACACACACA